AUUUUGACUGCUUUUCCUUUUCAGCUGCAGGAGAAAACAUUCUGCUGGAUUUAACGCACUUUGCUCGGUUUUCCUCCGUGACAGAGGGAACAAUCCGCCCCGGCGUUGACGUGGUCAGUCGGCGUGUCCCGGCUGAGAGUGACGGCUGUGCAGUCCUAUGAUUACUCCUUUUUUUUUAUUUUUUUGUUUUCUCCCCCCCCAACAAACUACAUCGAUAACUUUACUUAAAUCAUAAACCUAGUCGUGCAGCUCGUUGGGACGCAGAACACAGCCGGGGUUCAAGAUGUCGGUAGCGGGCUUCAAGAAGCAGUUUUAUAAAGCCAGCCAGUUGGUAAGUGAGAAAGUCGGAGGUGCUGAAGGAACGAAACUAGAUGAUGACUUCAGAGACUUGGAACGGAAAGUAGAUGUGACCAGUAAAGCGGUAGUGGAGGUAAUCUCCAAAACGUCAGAAUACCUUCAGCCCAACCCAGCAUCACGGGCCAAACUGUCCAUGUUGAACACCAUGUCAAAGAUCCGCGGUCAGGUGAAGAACCCAGGCUACCCUCAGGCGGAGGGGCUGCUAGGGGAAUGUAUGGGCAAGUACGGACGGGACCUCGGAGAGGACACUAACUUCGGCGGAGCGCUGGUAGACGUUGGAGAGUCCAUGAAGAGAAUGGCAGAAGUCAAAGACUCUCUAGAUAUCGAUGUCAAACAGAACUUCAUUGAUCCGUUGCAAGGGCUCUGUGACAAGGACCUCAGAGAGAUACAGCAUCAUCUGAAGAAGCUGGAAGGUCGCCGCUUGGACUACGAUUACAAGAAAAAGCGUCAGGGCAAGAUCCCAGAUGAGGAGGUCCGACAGGCCCUGGAGAAGUUCCACGAGUCAAAGGAAGUGGCCGAGACGAGCAUGUACAACCUGCUGGAGACUGACAUAGAGCAGGUGAGCCAGCUCUCGUCCCUGGUGGAGUCCCAGCUGCAGUAUCACAGACAGGCUGUGCAGGUGCUGGAGGAGCUUUCUGACAAACUUAAAGACAGGAUGAAUGAUGCUCAGAAUCGACCAAGACGUGAAUACACACCUAAACCCAAACCUAUCUUUGACUUCGGAGAAGACAACCAUUCGAAUGGCGGCUACUCGACCUCAAUGGCCCCUCCACCUUCACGCAACUCAGCCCCGGAGCAGCCGUGCUGUAAGGCGCUGUACGACUUUGAGCCGGAGAACGAGGGAGAGCUGGGCUUCCGCGAGGGCGACAUCAUCACCCUGACCAAUCAGAUCGACGAGAACUGGUACGAGGGCAUGCUGAACAGCCAGUCAGGAUUCUUCCCUCUCAACUACGUCGAGGUCCUUGUUCCGUUGCCACACUAAUGUUUAUAAGGAGAGCCAAGGAGGAGACUGAUGGAGAGGAGGAAGGAGAGAGCAAGUAGAGUUAGUAGAGAGGGAGGAAAGCGAAGUCAAGGGCUGGUCCGCAGAAUAUUCAUUUUCACCUUCAGCUCCGACGUCACCAUCGCAGACGAGCACUUUUUGUUUCUGGAGAAGGAAGUCCAGACCAGAAUAUCAACCUGUUUCCAACUAAAGGUAAAAAGAAUCUAAGAUGGACACAAAAUGUCGGAAACAUUUCCUGAGGACUAACUGUUGACACAUUUACAAGCAAUAUUUGUCUUUAAUUGCAAAUUACUGAUAUCGUUAAUAUAAUUUGUAUGAAAUCUGGUGAUUAUGAUGGCGUGCCACAUUUCAUAUAAUCCGUUCUGUAUGAGCUGCAGUCUGUUUAAAACUCAGGUUGGUCACCAGUCUGUUGUUUUCGAAAUGAAGAGGCCAACUCAAACCUCACGGUAAACACCAUGUGUAACUUCACUGACUAUUAUCCUCAUUUCAAAACUGAAACCGUUGUUUUUGCCCCUUAAGGACGACAGCUCGUCUCUUGAUGCCACCUGCUGGAGAGACUGAGAACUACUUUUACCUAAACUUGAAACUGCACACAACUAGAGAUGUAGUUUAACUAGUUUUAUCUAAAAUGGAAAAAAUACUGCAUCCAUAUUUUUUAUAAGAAACAAGAUGAAAUUAGCCCCAGAUUUAGACCAUUUUCAGGUUUGGGCCUAUUUGUAAUGCUCUUUUUUAAAGAUUAAUGUCUAAACAGUGCUGAUAGCUUCAGAAGACAACAGGCCUGAUACAGCGGUGUCCUUUCAUUCUUUCAGUAUUUGAGUUACGUUUGUCUCAACCUACUACAGUAGUUCUUAAAAGUAGAACUGCUUACUGAAUAUGUGAGAGACGUUGUAAAUGCACCUUGGUCCUCAAAUGAGAUUGACGCGUGUGUGUGACAGACCUACUCCACCAUUACACACAAAAACCCCAAAGUUAAAUGCAGAAGUUGCACCUUUUUGUCACUCAAGGGAGGCGUGUGUUUGUUGUCUAGACAUGCAGAAUGAUUAGUUGUUUAGCGGUUGUCUGCUAGUCUGUUCAAUAGAGGAGACAGAGCCAAAAAGUCUUUAUAAAAAUGCAAUAGAAACAUAUCGCUGUUUGCUAAACUGCUAAGUAUUCUGUAACAUAGCCAUAUAUUCAUUUAGUUUGAGGCCUGUUUGUCUUAGCAUGUUCAGUUUUCCUCUGUUUGGUCUUUUGACCCGUUUUUAGGCGCCUGUUAACUCUGUGCGGUGCCCGAUUUAGAUGACGCUGCUGGUCAGCCUUUCACAUUCAUCACUUAAGUGUCCCACUAUUUCUGUUUGCCCUUGUGUCUUUUGACAAUGUGAAACUGCUCUGUGCUUUGAAACUUAUUCUGACCCUGUGAUUUUUGAUUCUUCACAAUGGCUCCGAUUCGAUUUAUCUGUUAGUACGUUGGGCUGAUGUAAACAGGUGUUGUUCCUGUUAAGGUAAUCUAUAAAGACAAGGCUGGUUUCUUGUUCUGGAUUUUAACCACAGCCCACAGCAGCGGGUGGAGUCUAAACAAACAUACACUGUACAGUAUGAGGGAAAGACCUGGAGUGAAAGGGAAAACAUCAAGGGAAAAAUAACUAAGCUUGUGUCCAUUUUGACUAAUUUGGAGAACUUUUGUCGCCAAACAUGUAUUCUUACCAAACGUGUAUCGUCGGUCCAGCUGAUUUUGAAAUUGUCUGGGAGGGAAAAAAAAGUUUUUAAUUGUGAAUGACAAAUGUGUUCACUUUUUCUAGUAUCUGUCUGCAAAAUGCCCCCUCUUAUUAUCUGUUUGUUCCAUCACUCCACGCUGCCAAACACUUCCCCCACUUCUGGGUUUGGUCCUUGUCUGAUAUGUUUACAUCUCUGAUUACUUACUACAUUUCAAUACUUGUAUCAAGUUCAGGGCAAAGUUAAAGGACUGUAGGAGGUGCUGUCUGGAUCACAAUGCUAUCAAAUAAAGACUUUGAUAGCUUUGUUUUAGUGCCUUUGGGGGGGGAAAAAAAAAAAAGGAGGGAGGGAGGGAAAAAGUACCGAAACUAAUCCAGCAACCAAAACCUAACCUAGCUACUUAAGAAUAUGGUCAUACAAUUUCUUUUCUGCUUUUGGUUUAUAUUUCUAGCCGUUGGCACUUUUUCCUGUGUAAAGAUGAAAUGCAUGAUGUGUGCACAUUUCUGCACAGUUCUGACACUACAGGCAGUUUCCUGGACAUGUGUUGUUUAGACUAAUGUGAGGUUUAUCAGCAGACCACCAGCGAGAACUCAUUUUUGUGUAGAUUUUAAUCCAUGUUUGGAAAAACAUGUCCCACUGAUUUCUUUUUUUAAAAGGGCUAUGUAUUUGUUUAAUCAGUCUUAAAUGCUUUUUUGAACAGCAUUAAAUCAUUCUGGCUCUCUAUAGUAUUAUUUUUUAUAUACAAGACCUUAAAACAUUUAAAUUAAUCUUUGCAUGUAGUCCUAUAUUACACCUUGUAAAUGUAUGUCUUUUAGAUUUAAGUUGCCUUUCUAUGUUUGGUAUGAGUACAGAAUUUAACCGCAAUAUUUUGUCUUUUAUUAUCAAAGUAUUUGUACAUGCUUCUUCUUGUCCAGUCCCCGCCCCCCUUCUUACAAUAAAAAGAAAAGAAAGAUA